AUGUCUCACCCUCCUUCUCUUCCCCCUCUAGGCCACUACACCGAACUACACAAAUACGAAAACCUCACCGGACCAGGUGACGCCCGCCCAACGGCCCUUCAGAUUAUCAAAGACCAAGGCCUCGUCGGUAAACUCCCGUCCAAAGUCGUCCUCGUGACGGGCGUCUCCUCAGGUCUGGGCAUUGAAACGCUCAAAGCCCUCGCAGCAACCGGAGCAACCGUCUACGGCACGGCCCGAGAUCUCUCAAAAGCCCGAACCGCUCUAGACGAGAUCGGAAACGGGGAUGGAGGCCAAGAGGGGUCCCUCGCUUCGGCGCCAAACGUACACCUCCUACAAAUGGACCUCGCCAGCCUCGCCAGCGUACGAGCCGCGGCAGCGGCCUUCAAGAAGCGCAGCUUCAGACUAGAUAUCUUGAUCAACAAUGCCGGGGUGAUGUAUACCCUCAAAGGAAGCCAAACGGAAGACGGCUUCGAGAUGCAGUUCGGCGUAAACCACCUCGCGCACUUCCUCCUCUUCACAGAACUACAAGACCUCAUGACCUCUUCAUCAACGCCCGGGUCCGCGGCGCGGGUCGUAAACGUCACGUCCUCCGGCCACAGGCUGCAGGGCAUGAACUGGUCCGACGUCAACUUUUCCCGCCCCGGCGCGUACGAGGGGUACAGAGCCUACGGACAAUCCAAGACGGCCAACAUCCUCAUGGCCAACGGCGUGGAUCGGCGGUGCGGGGGCAGGAUUCGCGGGUAUAGCGUUCACCCGGGCACGGCGAUGACGGGGCUACAGGUUGGUGUUCGGGAACAGAUGGAGGCACUCGUAGGGGACGAAGCGGCGUGGAGGACGGUGAAGAGUACGGCGCAAGGGGCUGCUACGGUGGUGCUGGCUGCGGUGGGGAGGGAGUUUGAGGGGUUGGGACCGUUUUAUUUUGAGGAUUGUGAGGUGAAGGGGGAGGCGGGGGAGAAUUUGGGGUGGGUGGGGGAGGGGUUUGCUUCGUGGGCUUGGGAUCGGGGGGAGGAGGAGAGGUUGUGGGAGGUGAGCUUGGAGAUGGUAGGGUUGUCGCGGGAAGAGAGGCAGUGA